AUGAGAAGCUUCCUGAUUUUAAUUCUGAUUUUUCUGGCAGCUGAAUUGAUUGCCAGCGAAGAAGAAUGCUCAUCAUCUGAAGAAAUUGUUCAUACCACCAAGAAAGUUACCACAACUAAGAAGCCAACUCCAAAGCCAACUAAGAAAUCAACUCCGAAGCCAACCAAGAAAACCACUACCAAAAAACCUACUACUAAAAAACCUACUAAGACCACCAAAAAACGUAUUCCAACCACCACCAAAAGAGUUCCGAAAUGUCAAAAAGGUUGGAAGGGUUUCAAAAGAGCCAAGGGUCUUUGGUGUAUCAAAGUUCAAAAAAGCAAAGUGAAUCGAAAUGUGGCGCAAGCUCAAUGCAAAAAAUUAGGAGCCACGUUGACUGGAAUCGAUAGUGUUGCCGAGAAUCGAUUUCUUCAGGGUGAGUUGGGCUCUAGCUCUCUGCGUCUCCAUAGAUUCAUGUGUUCUCUAGCUGACUGUGAUGUUUCCUCUUGUUCUUUAACCAUCUCUGCUUCUCUAGUCACUUCAUGUUAAGUAGUAACUAUUUCCUAGCUAUCUCUAGCUUUCUGCGUCUCUAUAGAUUUAUGUGUUAUCUAGCUGUCUAGGCCGUUUCCUCUUGUUCGCUAACCAUCUGAGUCUCUAACCUCUCUAGCUUCUCUAGCAUCUCUCUGUGUCUCUAGCUUCUCAAGCCUCUCUGCGUCUCUCUUACCUCUCUAGCAUCUCUAUCCUCUCUAGCCUAUCUAGUCUCUCUAGCAUCUCUAGCAUCUCUCUGCGUCUCUAACCUCUCCCGUAUUUUUGCAGCACAAGGUGUCGUGAUUCUCAAAAGCCUCGGCCUCCAAGUUGGCACAAUGUGGAUUGGUCUCGUCCGUAAACCGGCCUGCUAUUCGCUGGCCACCAAAAACUCACCAAAUUGUAUCGGAAGUAAUGGUUUCCAAUGGACAGAUGGUGUGACAACGAGAAAAAACACUAUGACGUGGCGUAUCAUUCAACCCGAUAAUCAUCAAGGCCGACAAAAAUGUGCAUAUCUUCAAAUCGGUCGAAUCACAAAGUAUGGUAUCCGGCCUGGAACUAUUGAUGAUAUUGAAUGUGAUCAUCCGUGGAAUCCGGCAAAUUUGGAUGUUCAAAAACAACAGGGAUUUGCGUGUGGGAAAUGGGCUAAAUAA